CAAAAGUUGAGUCGUUGAAAUCAAUCGUAUUGCGUUUUAAAUGAUUACAAUACAGGUAGCCGAAUCAAGCAAUGCGAUUGGUCGGAACUUUACUGUGACGUCUUACGGAAAAGUGUAUAUGAUAACCUGAAGCGGGAAAAAGGCAACGCGGUUAGCACGUACGUCGAUCAUUCGGCUGAUAGCAGUUGAUUGUAACGGUUAACAGUGACCUUUUACAUACAUCUUGCACGUGUAGCUUUUUAUAUACGAAUAAGUAUAUAAGAAAGAACAUGUCACAGCCCUCAGUAACGGUGUACUUCAAUACGCGAAAGCGUCGAGCGUCCGAGGAUCAACAGGGUAAGACCAAGAUUUUGCUACUGGAGCGAGAACAGUCGAGCGAUAAAACGUGCGACAACAUCAAGGAUCUGAGACAAAACGUGCCCGACGAGGACAGUAUGGUGAGCCCAAAGGCCAUCCUGAAAGAUGCGGCAUCUACGGUGAAGAAUUCCCCAUGUAUCAAGAAAGCGGUUCGUAAUAUCAAUUUUGACUCGCCGAAAGCAAACACAGAGAAAAUCAUCAAGACACCUAAAGCACGUGUACUGCGCUCACGCAGACUAUUUCCUGCGGAUGGACAUCAGCUAGACAUUCGAGAGAGUCUGCAAAAGAUGGGACCUACCGACGUAAAAAGCAAAAAAACGUCAAUUAAAAAGAAUGAAAAUCUCAGUCCAAAAAAGCCAGUGGCUCCCAAAAACGAUUCCUCUGAUGAUGUUUCAAAGCAUAACACAAUCAAGGAGGAGAAGGAGAGGGAGAAUGAGCCAUCAUCUGAUGAUUUAGAAACUCCAAAGAUCUCAAAGAUGGAAAAACUAGCUACUGAAAACUUAAGUUUAAAUGACAUCAAGAACAGAAUCAGCAAGUCUUCCAGAUUGGUAGAGCUAAAAGCUUCCAUAGCAAGAUUCAAGACCUGUGAUCAGCAAUUAGAGAAAAUGCAAGAACAGAAUGAUCACAACAAGUUUCAAAUGCAGAAAUUUAAGAAAAUAGAACUUGAGAUUCCUGCGAGCCUGCAGAAGACAGCUAGAUCUCCAAUCAAAGAUAAAGAUACUUUAAAAGCAUUGAGUAUCCAGCCAAGAAUUUUAUUGAAGUCUAAGGAUAUAACAACGAAUACUGUGAAAUACAGUUCCAUUAAGAGAUCAGCUCAUCAAAAGCAUCUGACAAUUGCUAAAAGCAAGAUAUUAUCAUUGAUAUUGCCCUACAACUAUAGAUUCUUAGCAGAAGUGUUUAGAUGUGUGGAAACGGUAUCGGCAAUGCUGUUUAAUAGAAACGAACUGAUAACAUUUAGUAAAUUAAAACUUGCAGUUCAAGAGUUAUUACGACGUAAUUUUACACAGGACCAUCUAGCCCAGAUAAAAACUAUUUAUCCUGAUGCUUAUAUCUAUCAACAACAGAAGCAUCAUAAUUUCGGCUCAAUAUCCAAAACUGAGAAAUAUGACUUGACCCUGAUGCCUGUAGUUAAAAAAAAUAAUGGCAGAAAUACACCUGAUGAGGAUAACAUAUUGAAAUCUGUGUCCAAUUAUAGUAUGGGACCUGCUGUAUUACUGGAGAGAAGGCGAAAAUUUUAUAACACUCUGCUAGAAAGAGUUAAAGAUGAGCAUGAGAAGUUCUUAUUGACCUUGGAGACUCCAAUAAUUAUAGAGAAGGAGAAGGUAGUGCGCUGGCAUCCUGAAUUUAAUGUAGAAACAUGUAAAGAAGUUGAGAAAGCCGAAUUACCACAGCCACCUCAAAUUGAGAAACCAACUGCCAAAAAUCUUCUUGAAAAAGUUAAGUCUUUAUUAACUCCUGGCUGUUAUAUGGAAAAGGCAUUGCAGAAACUUGCUGAGGCAAAUAUGACUUCGAAAUCGACUUCUUCCAUACAGGAUUCCGCAACUCAAACCAUGGAGAAUGAUAUUCCGAAAGUUAAUACUAUCAUUAUGAACACCCCACCACCUACACCAAGUAUACAUCAGGACACUUAUCUUACUAAAACAUUUAAAGGCAUUCCCAAAUCAUUACUUGAGAAGGUUCGCGCGAGACAAGCGGCUAAAGCAUUAGAAGAGAUGACGAAAACAGCAAUUUUAGAUAAGGAGACCAUGUUAUACUCAAAACUCCCAGAAUUAGCAAAAAUACUCCGCAAUAUUUACGUGGCGGAAAAGAAAGGUGUUCUACCAAUGGAGACGGUGAUACAACGACUGGAUAACUCGUUUAGGAUGAAGUUAACGCCGAAUGAAAUGGACGAGCAUAUACGGCUACUAUGUAAGCUAUUACCCACUUGGAUUAGCAUACAUAAUGUGCGAAAGAACGAUUAUUUAAAAUUGGACAGAAACGCCGAUAUUGCAAAAGUGAUCAAACAAUUGGAGAUCUCGGCUAAUAACAAAGUCAACAAGUGAUAUUUAUGUGUUCAUUUAGUGUUAAGACAUAUUAAUGUUACAACAAAAUUUAUAAAUUUUUUCAUUAAAGUAUAUAAAAUCGUAUGAAUAUCUUUGAAAUAUUAAUUAGACUCGCAAUUCCCAAUGUUUAUUGA